GUGUGGCUCAUAAAUGGUAUAAAACAGAGUCAUCUUCACAUUAUGCCAAAACAUUUUUCCAGCUGCACCUAAAACAGAAGGCAGAAGUCUAGUUUUAUAAAGGAAAAUGGAGGAACAACAGUGUUCUGUAGUUCAACAGAUGCUACAAGCGGCCCAGCAUACACAAGAGAGUUGUGCUGAAGUCAAAGGAGUGCAGGGAGGAUCAGAUUUCAAACCUCGUCCCAGGUUUAACCCUACAGAAGAUGUAAACGCUUUGGAAAAGGCUAUCACUGGAAAGGAAGUCGAUAAAGGAUCUAUUAUCGAUAUCUUGACUAAGAGAAGCAAUGAACAGCGUCAAGAGAUUAAAGCAGCUUACCUAAAGAAAACAGGAAAGACUUUAGAAGAAGCUAUGAAGAAGGCUCUCAGUGGUCAACUAGAAUCUGUGAUAUUGGAUAUGUUGAAAACUCCAGAGGAGUUUGAUGCUAGCAAACUAAAAGCAGCAACAAAGGGUCUUGGGACAGAUGAAGAUACACUCAUUGAAAUUUUGGUAACAAGACCUAAUCAACAAAUCAAAAAGAUUAAGGAAGUCUACAAAGCAGCUUAUAAAACUGAUCUUGAAAAGGAUAUCACUGAUGAUACAUCUGGAGAUUUUCAGAAAGCGUUGUUGGCCCUCUUGAAGGGGGUACGCAGUGAAGGACUGCUUUGUUAAUGAAGAUCUGGCUGAUAAAGAUGCAAAGGCACUAUUUGAAGCAGGAGAAAAUAAG